UUUGAAAGGUAUAUUAAAGGAAUAUUGCUAAACCGGGUUCGGGUCGCCCAAAGAGGUCCCUUCCGCACCCAACACCAACUCCGUAUAUGAUGAGCUUCAAAGGAAGGAAUCAAAUCAGUAAGCUAAGCGAUGGAGUCAAAGUGGAGGAAUAUAUUGACUCUACUUUACACGACUAUGAUAGUAAUACACGGAGUAAGAGCAUGGACUGGUGAAAUCCAUGGCAGAGUUGUUUGUGAUGUGUGCGCUGACUCUUCAAUUGGUCCUGAAGAUCAUGUUUUAGAAGGUGCUGAGGUUGCUGUUCUUUGUAUAACUAAAUCUGGGGAAGUUCUAAAUUAUCAGGCAUUCACAAACUCAAGGGGCAUUUACAGAGUAGCAGAGACAAUGCCAGAGAGUGAUCGUUGGGAUGCAUGCCUUGCGAGAUCCAUUAACAGCUUCCGUGAACACUGCAAACAUAUACUAGAUGGAAAAUCGGGUGUGAAGUUCAGCUAUAAUCAUCCUUCUGGGCAUUCCCACACAGUCAGACCAUUUGUUUAUCGUCCAGCCAGUGUCCCAACAUUCUGCAUCUAGUAAAACUAUACACAUUCUAAGGGCUGUAUGUUCUUGAUCAUGUUGUUGUAUAACUUGGUUGCAGUGAUUUAAUUGGAAACCUAAUUGCAAUCUGGCCAUACCUGUUGUAAACUGUCUUAUGUACGUAUACUCAGCAAUUAGGGAACCUCCUCACAAGUGCUAGUUCCUCAUUUUGGAGUUUCCAAUUGCUUGACAACAUCUGUAGAAUGGCCAUUACUUGGCAAAAAGACAAUUAGUGAAUAUUCUUUAGUCAAAGUUCUUCUGUUCCGAGUA